CACAGUGCCAGACACACUGACACACAUAUACACACUCAAAAACACACAAAGGUUUGGUCUCUUGUCUUCAUCAUUUGGAGACUGAAUUUGUUAAACACACCUUGUGUGUGUCUGUAAAUCCGAAAAUGGUCUUCCAAGAGGCCAUGGACAUAGAUUUGCCAACAGAGGCUAGUCCGACAGAGGAGACUGUUGGAGCAUUAAUCGAGUACUUGGUUGGUCCAUUGCUACCUUUGAAGCAUACCGACAUUGCAAAGGAGACUCCAUCUGAAUCAAAACAAAAGUCUGUUGCCAAACAGGUUCAUGCAGUUGCAGUACUUUACAAUUACUAUCAUCUAAAUGACCACCCAGAAAGUGAAUUCUUAACGUUUGGCCAGUUUUGUAACCUUGCCAUAAUGUUUAAACCGAGUAUACUACCUCAUAUGAAGUACAUGUGUCAGUCAGAUCACCCUGUUUUAGAUGACCCGGAAAAACAGCUUUCACUAACAGAGAAAGCAAUUAUGGAUGCAUGCACCAUAUCUGAGACUUUGCUGGAUGCCUCUGCUAAUGUCUCGAGUAUGAUAAAAGAAUGGCCUGUAACAAAAGUGGCAGUCUUACUAAUAGACUCACAGAAAGAGAAUUGCUUCCUACAGUUUGACAAUGGAGUAUGGUCAGUCAUAGAGAAGGAUCUUUUUCAUGAAGAGAGUGGAUUUGGGAGUAAGGGAAACAAAAGAAUGAGGAAUUAUAAUGAAGAAGGGGAAGAUGGGUUUCAGCAGCUCGCAUUUUCAGCUGUGAAGGAAUUAACAGGAAUUGGAAAUGGCAAGCUAAAGGUUUUGGAAAGCCAUGUAGUAUAUUCACUGAGUCGAGCAAAGACUGCUACUAACUUUUUCAUAGUACACAGCACCCAAUCAAUCAGCGAAGAUAAUAUGGUACCUAUUCAAGAUGUUAUUUCUAGCUUACAGGGCCCUGUGGUAAAGAAGAGUUCGGGCAGCUGGGUAAUAACUCCUGUCGUUGAAUAUUAUUACCUGCUUCCAUAUGCUGCAAUUAUCUCAAAGUUGUUCUCAAGAGGGUCAGGUAGCGUACUGCAUCAAGGUGGAAAAGGAGGUGCAGAUACAAGCAUCAUUCGAGCCUCACACAAGUCAUUUGAUAAAGUAAAUGGUAUAAGUAAGAGAGUCUCCCACAACCUACAAGUUAAGUCAAUAUUGGACUCGGGAAGUGUGCUUAGCAGCAAUUCAAGUAAAGAAGAACCUCUUGAUAGUCGAGUUACCAAAAAUGGCUUUAUUUCCAACACAUGUAGUCAACCUGUUAGCAAGGUGCCAGAUGCAAGCACCAUUAAAGGCUCACAGAACUCAUGUGAGAAAGGAAAUGGUGAAAGUAAUAGAGUCUCUGAUAAUGUCCAAGUUAAGUCAAAAUUGGACUCAGCAAGUGUGUACAGCGUAAGUUCAACUGAAGAACCCCGUGACAGCCGUGUUGCAGUCAAUAGCUUUAAUACAAACGAACAUAGCGAACCCAUCAGCAAGGUGCCAGAUGAUGUUGUGACUUCUCCUUUGAAAGGAAACCUUUUUGACCGAGCAGCCAAAGAAACUGAUAAUUCUAUUGGCAACAGAAUCACAGGUGCUAGUUGUGAUAGUAUGAAGCAGAAAGAUAUGAAUGGAUCUUGCAAGUCUGAGUCAAACACUUUGUUAAGUGGAACAAUCAGUAGGAGCAUUGAUAAGCCACUCAAGGUUUAUCGACAUGAAAAAAGGACCACUUCAACUAAAUCAAUUAGCACCAAGCAGGAAACUCUGGAGGACUCGAAGAAAAUGUUGAUCAUUAGUCAAACCAAAGAUGGAAAUCCUGAUGGUGAAAAAAAGUCUUGCAUGGUCUUGCAUAAUGAGGAUAGAUUAGUAACAGUGGAUCAUGCGGUUGAAGACUUUCACAUCACAGUGGAUGCAAAGAGAUUUGAGUUGUCAGAGGCUGCCCUUCGAGCUCUUUUGCAUAAAAGACAGAAAUUGUAUGAUCAACAGCGCAUUAUAGAAGACGAGUUGAUUUCAUGUGAUAAAAAGAUUCAGGCAAUCAUGUGUGGUGGUGUUGGAGAUUGCUUGGGUCUGAAGCUAGAAGCUGUAAUUAAUUGUUGCAAUGAAAUUUCCCAGCAAGAUAACUUGGAAGCUCAAGAGCAUGCGGAACUGCAUGGUGAUAGAAGCUUGCCAUUGUUAGGAAAGAGCUUGUCUGAGGCUCAACUCACAUUGAGAAAAGCAUGCCAGGAGUUGGAUGAUAUUUGUCUAUCAAACAAUUGGAUGUUGCCAUCAUAUAGCACAACUCGUUCAGAUGGCGGCUAUGUAGCUAAUGUAAGUGUUAAAGGAACUAAUUUCGAGUGCUCAGGUUUGAGUGGCAUACAACCAACCAUUCAUGAAGCAAGAAACUCAGCUGCGACACAUGUGAUCGCAAAGUUGCAGCAAAUGGCCAGUGAGCAUAAUAGCUCCCCGCUUUAGUUUAAGAUGUCUGUAGCUGUGUCUGUUUGCAUGCUAGCAAGUAUCCAUUAGAAGACCCAUAAACCGCGUGACGGGAAUGCUUCUUAUAUGCGUUGUGUGUACAGUAAUUAUGCACUAUCCCCAAUGGUUUUCCUGUAUGUUCCAUUUUUUCGUUUGCUCGCUAUGGAUCUUCGUUGCUUACCUUC